AGGCAACAAACAUGGUGGCAACAAAGCAAGUGACGGAAGGUAAAUGAAUCAGAUUGUUAGGUUACAGGGACGUAUCUUCCCAUUUUAUCAAUCAUUUCUUAUCUUGUUAACUAGAUGUGUUUUUUCCUUUGUCGAGCGUAACGAUGACAAUCGCUGAAUUGUCGAAGCAUUCGGCCCAAAUUUGUUAUAAACAUUUGCAGUGUGCUCUCACUAUAUUUAAUUCUUCGCCCGCUAAAAUAUCGCGGUAUCUGGUGUAUAUUGUUGAUCUUUUAAUUUGCUGUGAGCCAAAUAUCGAUCUGCAGAAUUUGUGGGUUUGUAAUAUGUUUGCUCUAGUAUUCCUCGAAAGCACAGUGGAAAAUCUGAUAUCUACGAAUCUAAUCUGAAAAGUCAAGAUGUAAAAUUAAACGAAGCUCGAAAUUUAUAUCUACGUGGCAGAAAUAAAUCGUGUGGUAAUAAAUGGUGUUUAUUCAACUGUGCUUGAACAGUACCCUUUUCAAUUCUACUGUGCUUGUCUCCACUACCGAAGUAACCGCCCCCGUCGACCAUGACCUAAUUAUUGAAAUCUCUGCCGUAGAAAUAAUUCUAAAUUUUUUUGUAGUAAUCUGUAGUUAUCGUGGACAUCUAAUGCUUUUUUACUAAACAAAGGGUAUAUUACAGAAAACAGGGUCGCUAAUUUGCAUCUUAUUGAAUAAGUUUUAGCAUUAUCAUUUAAAUUUUGUAAUCCUCAUCGCCAUAGCCUUGCAAUUGGCAACAAGGUGAACUAAGAGGGCGAUAGGCCAGUAUUUCAUGGUUGCUCCUCGAUGAGGUUAGGUACCUGAAUUUUUGAUAAUUUUAGCUGGAGUUUAGUACAGAUAUUGUUAUUGGGAACUUGUUCUUCUGCUCACAAUUAGUUCAGGAAGGGAAAAGAUAAGGGAAAUGAUUCACUGCACCAUAUAAUAACAUACAAACUCAUCUGUUCUGAGCUAAAUUACCUACAAUAUUACUUUAUGCUUCCAUCAAUCAUUAUCACGUUGGAGAAACAAAUUAGAUCAAAAUUCUCUCUUCCUUCUUUGAUCUUUUGAACUCAUAAGUCUGUAAGUCUGCAGCAUGCUUGUAGCUCAAAAUGGAUUUUUUUUAGUAUAGGAGUCUCCACUCUGAGAUAGCCUUCUCCAUCAAGGGAUACAUUGAUUAAAAGUAUUAAUUUUGUUAUUUCCUGGGCCUCUGUGCAAUGAAUCAAAAUAUUAGCCCAUGCACUCACUCCCAAGAUCAAUAUGUAACUUCUCUGUACAGAUUGCUAUACAUUCCUUAUAAUUUUUGCUUUGAGAAUUUGGUGUUAAAAUGAAACUAUACCUUGUAAUUGAUGAUUAUCUGUGCUGACUGAUGUGAUUUUGAAGAAUGUACACUGUAAUAAUGGUCAUGGAAUUCAUCAUUACACCCCUUAGUCAUUCAUUCUCCUCAGGUGCAGAAAUUUUCUUUAAUAUUCAUUUUCCCUUUAUUUAAUCAUUUGAUUCUCAUCACCAUUCUGUGCAAAAUUGUAUCAAAUCUGUAAAGAGAAUGUUCUUUUUUAUCACUGUUGGGUGUGAAAGUGUUAAAGUUUACUUCAAAGGCUAAUGGUUGGUUUGAUGUCACUCUUAUCAUUAUUUCUGUUCAUCACACAGGUAGUGGUUGGUGUAACCUGAAGUACAUUAGUCUCCUCACCUUGACAAUACAGAAUGCUUCUCUUAUUCUCACGAUACGUUACUCACGCACCUUGCCUGGAGACAUGUACAUUGCUACAACUGCCGUGGUGUUUGCAGAAGUCUUAAAAGUACUGGCAUGUUUGUUAAUUAUACUUGCCCAGAAGCAGAGCUUUCCAGAUUUUUUUGGUUUGCUAUAUUCAUCAAUUAUUGGACAGCCAUGGGAUACACUGAAACUAUCUGUUCCAGCACUAAUUUACACCGUACAGAAUAAUCUACAGUACACUGCUAUUUCAAAUCUGGAUGCUGCCACUUUUCAGGUAUUAAUCCUUUAACCCCUAAGAGUGAUCAGCAUCUAAUUUCUCCUUACAAUAUCACCACUAAAUCUCACAUUAAUUACACAAGAAUAAAGGAAAUGAUCACCAACUAAAGAAACUCUGAUUAUUAGACAAAUUCUCCUUGUCAGCACCUUAGUUAAUGUACAGAGAACAUUAUAGAGAAUAUGAGUACUGAUGUUAGAGUGUAAAUGGUUAAUUAUUGGAUUGUACUCUUACCCAUUUUCAUUAUUUUCCUUAUUUGUUGACUAAUUUGAUAACUUUUCUUUUACAUGGUUAAAAAAUUCUGUGUGGAGGUGGAAGAAAAAAAUACAUCAGGCCCAGGUUGUUUGAAGAACGGAUGAUGCUUUCCAUUGGAUAAAUCUCUAUUCAGUGGAUAAUGCUACAUGUUUUUCUAUCAAAUAUCCGCUGGGUAGCGAUUUAUCCAUUGGAUAGCAUUAUCCACCCAUUAUACAACUGGGCCUAGAAGCGCAUUAGAUGACGAUUUAUUUUCUUUUUUGGUUUAAUUGCUGACUGAUGUGAUUUCAAAGACUUUACACUGUGAUAAUAGUUAUGGAAUUCAUUACACCCCUAAGUCAUUCAUUCUCCUCAGGUGCAGAAAUUGUCUUUAAUAUUCAUUUAACCUUUAUUUAGUCAUUUGACCCUAAGAGUGACUAGUAUCUAAUUUCUCCUUACAAUAUCACCACUGAAUCACACAUUAAUAUCAUGAGAAUAAAGUAAAUGAUCUCCAACUAAAGGAGUUCUUGAUUGUCAAACAAAUUCUCCUUCUCAAUGCCUUAAAAAAUAUAUAGGGAACAGAAUGGGGAAUAUGCAUCUUGAUGUUAGAGUGUUAGGGAUAACUAAAAUUUUUUAUUAUUGAUUUUCUCCCAUUUAGGUGACAUAUCAGUUAAAAAUUUUGACAACAGCCCUGUUUUCAGUUUUCAUGCUCAACAAAACUCUAGUGAAACUUCAGUGGCUGUCUUUAGUCAUGCUCUUUGUUGGAGUCUCAAUUGUGCAGCUGCAGCCAACAGGUGGAACUUCUUCAAGUGAUAAAGAUAACCAGUCUGUGGAGACGGCACAGCAAUUGAAAGAAUCUCAGAGCCCACUGCUGGGUUUGGUUGCAGUUAUUUUGUCCACACUUUGCUCUGGAUUUGCAGGUCAGGCUAUAACCCUUUAACUCCCAUGAGUGAUCAUGACAGAAUUUCUCCUUACAAUAUUAGUACAAUAUCAAUCAGACAAUUGAUAAGAUUAAAGAAAAAUAUCAAUUAGGGGAUAAUAAGUUGAUCCAAUACCAAAUUCUCCAAACUAACAUCACAAGAAUUGUAUGGCAGACAAUAAGAGAAUUACUAUUAAGAUUUUGGGAGUUAAUGCAUUAAAGUAUGAAAUAGCGCAUACAGUGUACCAUGGAAAUUUUUGUAGAUUCAACAGAUUUUGAAGAUUGUGACAUAAUUCAGGUUCCCAGUUUAGAAAAAUCCCAUGCAAUACGACAUUGCCAAAAAAAAAAAAUGAUAUUUCCAGUCCAGUAAUAAUAAUAAAGAAAAACCCUGCAUGUGUUUGAAUUACAUAUAUGUAAGCUGACUUGCACUAAGUGUAUAUUAAGUGUAAAUAAUCUUUAGCAUAGCCUCCAUCUGUACAACUCAACAAGUAAUAACAUUUUGAAAUAAUUCAAUAUAAACAAGCCAUAUUGAAUGGAACUACAGUACAUAAAUAUGUCUUAUUUGAAUCUUUAUCUAUGGCUAAGAGUUCACCCUUCAUGUAGAGGCAAGAUAGCACCAAGUUUUUUUGUUUUAACUGGCAAACCACCAACUUUCAUUCAAAAAUUUGGGCAAGUAUUUGGUUAAAAAAAUGUUCAUAAGGAGGUGCAUCCUCUAGCAAAGCAAGGUCGCAAUCAGAGUCACAGGAACAUCUUCUUGGAUAUUCCCAAGAAGUCACAUUUUUUCAGAGAUUUUGUUGAUAUGACUACAAAAGUCAAAUGUACUUGACCUAUAAAAAAUAUUGGUGGGUGUAUGUGUAUACUAUACAUCAGGGAUUUUAAAAGAAGCUGGUGACUACCUGAGUUUCAUCAACUACUUAUUGGCUUAUGGCGUGUCACUGGUUAUUCUGGUCAAAAUAAUUGCCUUUUGGCCUUUACUGAACUUUUAACAGUCAUCCACUUUUGCUGAGUCUGAUGCCUAUUUCAAAACAUUUUGAAACCCCUGCACAUAGUAUUACUCAUUGUUGCUGCAUUUUGAUGCUUUUCCCUGUUGUGUCUUAGGUGUUUAUUUUGAGAAGAUUUUGAAAGGUUCACAAGCUUCCAUCUGGAUCCGAAACAUUCAACUGGGAAUCUAUGGAACAGUUAUUGGCCUCAUUGGAAUGCGUGUCAAGGAUGGUCACAAGAUUGAUGAGAAAGGCAUUAUGUUUGGGUAUUCCAUCUUGGUUUGGAUUGUAAUCUUUAUGCAGGCAUUUGGUGGGCUUCUGGUUGCUGUAGUGGUGAAGUAUGCAGAUAACAUUCUUAAGGGCUUUGCGACAUCAUUAGCCAUUAUUGUUUCUUGUGUAGUAUCUGUGUAUCUGUUCGACUUUCAUGUGAGUGGACAGUUCCUGUUUGGUGCUGCACUGGUUAUAUCAGCUGUACUGUUGUAUGGAAGACCACAGAAUCAAGCUAAGCCAGGGAGUGAAAAACUGACUGCUGUGGCAAAAGUAUAACUUUGUUGUUCACUGCAGAAUUUAUGGCAAGGGUGCCAAUUUUUUUCAGAAAACCGGGCCACUGUGCAACAGGAAAAUACUUACAUGUGUAUUGAAUAAUACAAAAAACUUGUUAAUAUGUGAUAUACCACAAGGAAAGCUCAUACUCAGUUCUUGAACAAUGAACAACCAGGAGUUGAGUUCAAUACAUGCCAGUCCUUAUUCUGAAAUAAUUGCUGUUAUUUUUGUCAUUAUUGUUCUCAUCAACAUCAUUUCCGUUAUCAUUAUUAUAGUCACUACAUCAUAAUCAUUAUUGUUGCCAUGUCAUCACCAGUCAUUGUCUUAAAUUCUAUUAUUAUUUACUGUUUAUUAUUAAUGUUAAAUAAUUUCACCAGUUAAAUUGGUUAGCCCCAUUUUGAAACAAUACUAGAUUUAUUGCAAAAGAAAUGUGGCUUUCCAAUUGCAAUUAUUUUCAACAGAAAGAAUUAUUAAUUAGUAAUAAUCUUAACUCUUAAGAUAUCAUAAUGGUUAUUUUCAAGGUGUAUAAUUGAUAUUAAACACUGUGUGUUAAGUAUUGGGAAUAACUCACAGAUUACUAUUAGGACUAUUUGAAAAGAUAUUUAUUUAAGUCAAAUUAAGUUAUUGUGGGUUUUUUACUAGGAUGAAGCAAAAUUAAUAUUGUUUGGAAAAUGGAAACAACUGUUCAUUUAACCUGCAAGUGAAAAGGCUGUAUAUAGAAUAAACCACUUGUAAUUGGCUAUGUUUCAAGGACAGACAUAAGAACUGCAGUGACUAUAAUACAUUAAAGGUAUUUUGAAUUUUUAUCUCCUUAGUUUUUCAGAGUAGUCAAUCUUAUAGAAGCAAGGAUUACCAAUAAAUGUUAAAAAUUAUUGUAGAAUCCUUGUUGACCAUGCCCCAAUCUUUGAUCAGAUUUAGUAGUCCACCAUCAUGGUAAUAUUCUUAAAAUUCUAUAUUUAAUAAAUUCAACACAGCAACUUUUCUUUAAUCAAUAGCAUUAGUUUCUAAUUCAAAGUGAGCACUGACUCAAGGAGGAUAUUUGUUUCAAAAUGACACCCCUUAACCCUCAAGAUCUGAGUAUUAAUUCUCCCCUUCAGUUGUUAUGAGGGUUUGGUCUUCGAUCAAGAUAACCACUUGUACCUGACAAGUUUAAGUAUUCUCAUUACAUGUUUGGUGGAUAAUGUAUGGAUGUUAGAAGGAUAAGUUAAAUGAUAACCCUUUAACUCCCAUGAGUGACCAAGACAGAAUUUCUCCUUACAAUGUCAAUACAAUGUCAACCAGAUGAGUGAUGAGAAUAAAGAAAAAUAUUAAUUUGGGGAUAAUUAGUUGAUCGAAUACUAAAUCCUCUGAACUAACAUUGUAAGAAUUGUAUGGUUGACAGUAAGGAGAAUUGAAAAUUUGUUCUUGGAGUUAAAGGGUUAAUCACUUAUGGUAGUUUAAGGGUUAAAUAAGUGACUAAAAUCACUGUAAUUUAUUUUAUUUUAAGUUGUGCUACUUGUGGAUCAUGGGGUACUGUGCUUUUGGGUAAUUUUUCUUCCAUCUGUGGUAUUUUAACAAGGGCAACUCUUGUUACUUAAAAAAUAGGUUAUUUUUUUCCCCAAAAUACCAAAGUUGUUGAACACAUGUAGAGUUUCCAUAGAUUUCCUUCUUUUUAACAACCUAAGUUAUGAUAAAGAUAUCACAAAGAAUAUGUACAUUGGUUUUGUCAUAGAGAUAGUAGAACAACUUCCACACAGACAUGUGCACCUUACACCAAUUGUGUUAUGAUCAUGUGGAGAGAUAUAUUAUGAUCAUGAGGUAUUUUUGUUUGUAUGGCUAUGUAGUAACUUGUGUGUGCAGUUGCUAAUGAUACCCUGUUUUAUAGGGUCUUCAUAUUAGGAACUAAGGUGAAGCAUGAAUGGAUUAAACUGUGAUCUGAUGUAC